AUGCUUCCGCACUCCAAACCCUCCGCUCUCGUACCCUCUCGGAAUGCCCUUCGAGUUCUCCGCCAAUUAGCCCUGGCCGGUUCAACAGUCGGCGGGUUUUGUGCUGUGGCAGCCUUCACGUACGAUGUUCAUCGUCGAAUCCGCAUCGCCGAGAAAAUCAUUGAAAACAAACGAACAAUACACACCACCGCACCAAACUAUGAUGCAACAUCUGCUGCCAAGCGUCUUGCAGUGAUGGUCGAAGCAGCGGAAGCGGGAGAGUUCAUGGGAAUCGAAUCCCUCAAGACUAGCAAACGAAAAGCUACCUCCGGCCCCGAAGAACCAGGAUCGAACGCUCCCGAAAUAAAACGCGACCCAAAUCCCAAACCCAAGCCAAUGAUCACCUUGGCAAAAGCACAUAUUCGCCAGAAGAAGUCGUGGAGUGACCCGAUCAAAUUGUUCCAACACAAGAGGAAUGUGGACGGGCUGAGCUUAGCUCGGAAUAACGAAAUUCUGGCCAUUGAGGCUAUCCAAGCGGAACACGCUCAGAUAAGGGGCCAACCCCCCUAG